CCUACGUCGCCAUUUUCGAUUUUUGUUGAACAUUGAUAGUUGUUGAUGUUAUAAGAACAGAGAAACUAUUUUAUAAGUUUAUAUUAAUAAUAACUUAGCUUCUAAGACCUAGUAUCGAUUAAUUAUUAUUUUAAAACUCUUUAUUUAUUGAUUAUAGAAGAUAUAUGUAAGUCAUUUCCGAGGCAACUUUUGCCGGUUUUUCACUUAUUAUAAGAUAUUCUGUAGAUCUUGUCAUAACUUCAGAAAUGAUGGAAAGCGAUAACUGGGAUAUGGGUCCUAGUGACGAUUUCGACGAUUAUCAAGAUAAUUAUAAUAAUGUGAAGCCUUUUUAUAUGAGACCAAUAUCUGAGCGGAGGAAUAAUAAUCGAUACAAUAAUGCAUAUGGAGAUUAUCGAGGGGGGUAUGGUCCUACACGCAACUUUGGACCUCCAAGAAAUUUUCGCCCUCCAUUGGAUUUCGGACCUCCAUUGGAUUUUGGACCUCCAUCAAAUUUCGGACGUCCAUCAAAUUUUGGACCUCCAUCAAAUUUUGGUCCUCGUCCAAAUUUUAGACCUCCACCAAAUUUUGGUCCUCCAUCAGAUUUUGGUCCUCCAUCAGAUUUUGGACCUCCAUCAGAUUUUGGACCUCCAUCAGAUUUUGGACCACCACAACCCCUUAUUCCAGGCCUGUCUAAUAAACCUGUUUCCCGACCCAGAAAACCUAAUCAUAAUGCAGCAAUUAAAUAUUUAAGAAAAUGUGGCAUGACUCAAGAGAACUUAAAACAAUUAACAAGUGAAAUGUUGGAAUUAAUAAAGCCAGAAUACUGUGGACUUUGUGCUGUCGAGUUAGAUUCCUUUGCUCUAUCUCGUUUACAUUACAUUUCCAAAAACCACAUCAAGAGCCAAAAGAAGUGGGUGGCAAAAAAAUCCCAAAUCCAAGAAAAUUUUGGGAAAUUGGGACCACUUAAGCCACGAGAGCAAUACUGUGAACUAUGUGAUAUAGACAUCACGUCUAAAGUUCACUCAGACUCCCAUUAUUCGGGAAAAACUCAUCGGGCAAUUAUUGAAGGUCGGAAGAAACCAAAAAACCCGAUCUUGGUCCAGCCAGGAAUGAAAAGCCGCUUAAACCAAUUGAUUCGCCGUGAGAAGAAAUAUUUGAAAGUCGGUGAUGUCUCUGAAGCAGACCAAGAGAAGGCUGACAAGCAACUUUCAUCUGAAUUGUACUGUGAAGUCUGUAAGACUUACGCUACUUGCACGGAACAAAUGACUGUUCACAAGAACGGUAGAAAGCACUUGUCCAAUGAGAGAAAACAUAUAUUACAGCUGACCAGAGGGGCACUACAACAAGAAGAAGCUGCUGUCAGAGCUGAAGUUGAUGCCGUAUUAGGGGAGGAUGAUGCAGCCAAUGCGGAGGAUGAUGCAGCCAUUGCGGAGGAUGACGCAGAUGAUGAUGAGAAGGAGGAUGUCGAUGAGGCAGAGAUGAUCGCUAAUAAUUGGGAGGAGAAUGGGGAAAAUUGGGAAGAAACCGAAAACUAAGAACGUUAUUACUAUACGUAUUUUAUUAUAUACAGUAUAAAACAUUGUAUUUAAGAUAUAAUAAUAGAUUAAAUGGAUCUUGAA